AGUGUGGAAAUCGGUAUUGUCGCAUUGCUAACCUUGAACUGCAGUGAAUAUGAAGUCUCUCUCCUUGAGGCGCACGAGUUAUCUACCGGCCCCCUCUCCAUCCUGAUGACCGCCACUCGAACACACACUCAAGUCCUCAUCUCUUGCCGAAAUAACCGAAAACUACUCGCCCGCGUUAAAGCAUUCGACCGCCAUUGCAACAUGGUUUUGGAAAACGUGAAGGAAAUGUGGACGGAAAAGGGAAAAGGCAACUCCAAGGGCGUGAACAAGGACAGAUUCAUCAGCAAAAUGUUUCUGAGAGGUGAUAGUGUCAUUUUGGUCUUAUUGAGUUGA